CGGAAGUCCCGUAUGUGUGUGUUCCGUUAACUUGACGCCGGUCCUCGGUGAUAACAGAGGCACCGAUUCCUCUGGAAAUACCGGCCAGAUUCGGCAUUUUCCAGCCGGUAAAGCAGCAGAAAUGAGAGACAGGAGGAUUUAACGUUGACUAACGGACCCGCGGGGCGUGAAAAAGAGAUGCUGAUUCGCCCGCUGACUCUGUGUGACGACAGGGGGCGGGGCCUGACUGCGGUGGCUCCGCCCCCUGCGCUCCCAUUGGCUGAUGAGGGUGAUGACGACACAGAGACACAAACAGGAGGUUUUCUCCCCCCUCCCCCCUCUCUCCUCCCCCCUCCCUCUUCAUCCCUUCCCCCUCCCUCCUCCUCCCCCCCUGCUCCUUCUCUUUCUUCUUCCCCCGUCCCUCCAUCCUUCCUCUGUCUCCCCCCCCCUCCCCCUGUCUCUUUUACCCCCCCUGCCCCCCCCCCUCCGUGCUGCUCCUGCUCCUCCCUGCUUCCGCGCCUCCUCUCGGCUCACCGCUCCGAGGUUCGGCGCCUCCUGCGAGGAGCGCUGGCGUCUCUGGGCCGCCGACUGGACUCUCUGGAGAGGAGGAGCCAGAGGAGGAGGAAGAGGAGGAGAGGAGAAGAGGAGGAGAAGGAGGAGGAGGAGAGGAGGAGGAGGAGGAGGAGGAGGAGGAGAGGAGAAGAGGAGGAGGAGGAGGAGGAGGAGAGGAGCCAGAGGAAGAGGAAGAGGAGGAGGAGGAGGAGGAGAGGAGAAGAACAUGAGGAAGCAGACCCUUCUCCAGGUUCAGCUGCUCUCCCCGCCAUCCCCCCCACUCCCUUUAGCCCCGCCCCUUCCUGUAGUCCCACCCCUUCCUGUAGUCCCGCCCACCUGUCUCCUGUCACUUCCUCGUCUUCCUCAGACAGUGAGGACUCGGUCCUGUCCCCUCUGUCCUCUGGUUCCAGCCAAUCAGAGCCGAGGAAGAGGAAGAGCAGAGGCAGAGAGAACACAGAUGAGGAAGAGGAAGAGCAGCAUGCUGGGAGGUUUGUGGGCCGGAUGGCGUUCUCCUCCCGAGGAGGGGGGGGGCAGGAGGCGCGGCUCACUCUGCACAAGUUCCCCCCCAGGAAGCAGCGAAGAAGAGAGGGGGGAGCAGCCGGCCAAUCACAGAAGGAUGUCAGUGUCGUCAGGCAGAACGGUUACACGAGCUCCUUUUCCCAGCAUGCCUUGCUCCUGCAGCCAGCCCAGAGCCAAUCAGAAGCUCUGGACUUUUCUUCGGGACGAUGGCGUUUCUGUGACGUCCCGCCUCCUGUCGCCCUCUCCUCCAAUCACGGGGCUCUCCACAUCUGGUGCCUGGUCUCCUUUAGCCCCGCCCCCAUGCUGCGGCUCUCAGCGGUUGCCGUGGAGACGCUGUCGGAGUUAGUGAGGGGGGGGGCUUGUGUGCGUCCGCUAAGACCGCUGAGAGACUGGACGGCCCCGCCAAGUCUCAGCAUUGACCACUGUUACGUGCGAACGCCUAAACCGAGUCCGGCCUUUUCUGCCCGGCGACAGCAAAAACAGAGAGCCAAUCACAGCUCCCGGAGCCUCCACACCCCCUGGCGACGGGCCCUCCCCCUGCCCCUGUGUUCAGCCAAUGGCCUGCCUGCUCCGCUGGCCGUCGUCCAAUCAGCAGCCAGCUCCCAGUUCCUCAGCUCAAAUGAAGAGCGAGGGAAACGAGUCUCUCAGAUACGAAUCCGCCGGGCGUCGCCACGGGAAACGCUGCUGACCCCGAUGGGACUACCAAAGGUCAAAAGGUUAAAGAAGAAGGAGUUCAGUCUGGAGGAGAUUUACACCAACAAGAACUACAAAUCCCCCUCCACCAACAGGAGUCUGGAGACGAUCUUCGAGGAGCCGCGGGAGAAGGACGGAGCUCUGCUCCUGAUUGGCCAGCAGAGGAGGCGCAGGCUCCUCCUCUUCCCCGACUUCACGCAGCCGCGGAAGAGGAAGAGGGCGGGACUUCCUGUUGCCAUGGCGCCCAGGAAGCGUAUGGCGGCGCGGCGCCACGGCAACGGAGGCGGAGAGGACGCGGACGCUGACGUGAUGCUGCUGCAGCGACUCAGCGCGCUGGAAGACUUCCUGACGCAGCAGGGCCUGGACCUGUGACAUCACUUCCUGUCAGCUGACUGGAGGCUGCUCGCUGCUACCGCUGCGUUACCAUGGUUACCCUGGUGAUGCCGUCAGCACGUCGGUCUGAUGAAGCGGCUUUUUACUUUGUUUGGACAGUUUAGACUGUUUUUAAAAUGUGAAACUUCUGAAGUAUUUAAUGUUUUUAACAGUUUUUAACAUUCAGGAGGCCCCUCCCACACGCACAUAGGCCACGCCCACACAAUAGGCCACACCUACAUCAGAGGCCCCUCCCACACACACCAUAGUCCACGCCUAUUACCACAGGCCCCUCCCACACACCAUAGGCCACGCACCACAGGCCACACACGCACCAUAGGGCACGCCCACAUCAUGUAUCAUAGGCCCCUCCCACAUCAUGCAUUAUAGGCCCCGCCCACAUCAUGACUCAGAGGUCAUGAUGUGGGCGGGGCCUCUGAUGUGGGCGGGGCCUCGCGACACCACAGGACUUUAAUUUUACUUUUGUUUCCCAAAAUAUAAAAAGACUUCACUGUAGAACUCCGAGUACUCUGAGUAUUAGUACUUUAAAGUGUAAUAUAUAUUUCUGCUGACAAUGUUUCUAUUUUUGAACCAAUAAAGUUUGUUUCUGCUCAC